AUGUCGACAGAACCCAUCACUUUUGAAGAACCUCUUCUACCUGUGGAACGAAAAGAGAGCACAAGAAAAGGUAAGCAACAAAUUUCUGUCAAGGGUGUUUUCAGAAUUAAUGAAAGUUUUUGACUCACUUUAUGAGUUUUGUUUUCAAACUUAUUGAAAAUUGGAAAAAAUUCUGAACCUUUUCUUAACACAUUUCCAAAACCAAUAUCAUGAAUUUAAUUCCAGAAGACCAGACCGAAAAACCUCGCGUAGCAGUAACAGCCGAAGAUCUACUAGACCAAAUCGGAAUGUAAGAUCUACCCACCUAUUUUCUCCAUUUCCCCUAGGAAGAUCUUUUCAGAUGGCAUCCAUAUCCCCUUUUCAUAACUUUCUCAAUGGCAUUUCUUUGGUUUCUCUCGGUAAUGUGCACAAUGUCACCAUCUUAUAUGGCUCCAACAAAACCGUGUAUCGAAAAUUGCACAUUUCUGACAGUUCAAGAUGAAUUUCACACAAGUUACAACAAUUCGACACUUUUAGCUCCCGGUGAAAUGACCUCCUCGAUUUUCUUUUUAGGAAAUGGAGUUCUCGGUCAAAUUUUCGCAAUUCUAGCAGAUCGAAUUGGCCGCCGGCCAGUUUUAGUCCUAUGUCUUUUUAUAUCCGGAAUUUCUGGAAUAUUCGCCUCAUUAGCACCAAAUUAUAUAGCAAUGUUAAUUGGUCGAUUCUUUCAAGGAUCAUGCUUCACAGUAAGUGCAAAUAUCAGAAAUCUUGAAAUCCCUAUUUUUUUCUUAAAAAAGGUUCUGACAAUGGUGAAUUGGGUGAUGUGUUGUGAAAGUAUUUCAUUCUCCGGUCAUGGAUACGCUUCAGUUCUCUUCGGAUGUUGUUGGGUAUUGGGAUAUCUGGUGAUUUCCCCAUUAGCUAUGUUAUUCACAAAUUGGCGACAUGUUCAACUAUUCACAUCGAUUCCAACACUUCUUUUCGGUAUUGUAAUGUUCUUGUGAGUUUUUCCUCAAAAAACUUCAAAAAUGAAAAUUUGUUGCAGCACUCUACCCGAAAGUGUCGCUUUUCUUGUGAUGAAGAAAAAACGAGACGGUUUAGUUAAAUGGGUGGAUAUGGCAACUCGAGUUAGUCAACAUGACAUUGAUGCAGAUUUUGAUCAAAUCGUUGCAACCAAUAAUACAACCGAAGAUGGAUCAUCUCAAAGCCUUUUAGAUAUUUUAAAAUUCAUAAUUCAAGGCAAAUCGAUUCUCAUCAAUACAAUUCUCGAAACUUGUAUUUGGGUUGUUGAUUUUAUGAUGUAUACAGCAUUAUCUUUGAGUGCUACAAGUAUUGACAAAUCAAACGAGCACGUUUCAUAUAUAUUUUCGGGAAUUGUCGAAUUACCAGCAUAUUUCAUAUUGCCUGCAGCAAUCGAUUGUCUUGGAAGAAAACCGACAGUUAUGGCAUCACACAUGAUUUCGGCGUUUGCUUUGUUGUCAAUGUACUUGUUCGAUUCAGGUAUGUUUUAUCUGAUUUAAGUUUGGCGAAAAAAAAUUGAAAGAAAAUAUAGAUGAUUAAUCACUUUGUUCAGAUGAUAUCUGAAAUUUUCUCUGAACAAGAAGGAAACAAAAUCACGUGUGCGCCUGAUCUGUGAAAUUUCCCUGAAAAUAAUACCAUUUAGGUAACUAAAAACAAUCUCGAAUUCCAGACAACGAUAAAUACAUCUACAUAAUAAUCUGGCUCACUGCUAAAUUUGCCGUCACCUGUUCUUUCAUGUUAUGUUUCGUCUACGGUGCUGAAUUGUUUCCCACCAAAUGUCGAAGUAUCUGUCUGGGAAUUUGCGCGACAAUUUCGAAUUUCGGUGCAAUGAUGGCUCCACACAUCACAAUUAUGGUAAAUAUUAUUUUCAAUCAAAAUCAAAUGGCAAUUUUUCUAGGACGAACGCCUAAACUUUCCUGGACUCCACAAUCUUUUCUAUGCUCUUUGCUCUUUUGCAUGCACAAUUUUAAUGACAAUUCUACCAGAAACCAAGGAAAAUCUAAUGAAUCCAAGUCAACAACAAUCAAUUGCUUGA